GGAGGAGAGGCAGCGACCAGAAGGGUGUGUUUUAUGUACCACUGCAGCAUCAGCCUGAAAAAGGAAAGCAGAAAAAAGCAGUGGAGAAGACUGCAUCUAAAGAGCAGCAGGGAGAGUCAGAAGAAGGAGACGCACCUGGAGAGCAGCGGCGGACCUCACUGGAACAGAACCUUCAUCGUGGACUGACUUAAACCCCCCCCACACUCCAUCACCCUCCACUGCCCCCCACCACAGGUCCCUGGAGUGUGUGUCUGUGUAUAAAGAGAGUGCGUUUGUUUGUGGGUUGAUGAGUGUGCGGGUGUCCUGCAUCACUUUUGAUGGGACAUUGAGAGAUGUGUGUGGCACAGCAUCGGUGGACGGGCUGUAAGGGGCUGUGCUCCCCCGCCCUCCCCCUGACCCUCCUCCUGCUCCUCCCUCUGCCCUUCUUCACCUCCACACCUCUGUUUGCUCAGGGAGCCAUCCAGAUCCCCAAAGACUAUAAAAUACAUAACAUGUCGCAGCCUCCCGUCUUGACAGAGGAGACUGAGCUGUUGAGAUCAUACACUGCCUUUUCUAAAGAGGACAUUGAUCUGCCUUGUGAAGCCACUGGCAACCCACCGCCAAUUUUCCGCUGGGUGAAGGAUGGAGAGCAGUUUGGACCACCGCUGAAUGGAUCUGGAACUAUAAAUGCAGAUGAGGAUGAACCUCUGGAGUCCUACCAAGGCCACUACCGUUGCUACGCGUCCAACGCUCUCGGGACAGCCAUGACGCGAACUGUUCAGAUCAUCGUGGAGCCUCAACCGGUUCUACUGAAGCAGCAGAAAAUCCACAAGAAAGCCUACGAGGGCGAAAGUAUCAUCCUCACUUGCAACCCACCUGAAAGCUCAGCUCCUCCCUACAUUCACUGGAUGGACAAAAGGAUGGUUCAUAUAAAGCAGAACGACAGAGUGAUGGUCGGCCUCGACGGGAACCUGUACUUCUCUAAUGUCCUGAAGAGCGACAGCAGAGACGACUACACCUGUAACGCCCAGUAUUCCGCAGCCAGGACCAUUUUACCUGACACCGCCGUGACCCUCACUGUCCUCACAAGUAAUGAUGUUGGCCGUGGCAAAAAGCCACAACUCUUCCUUCCCACUGGCAGCCACACAUCUCUCUUGGCUCUGCAAGGCCAUAGUGUCACAUUGGAGUGCAUCCCUAAAGGCCUGCCGACACCCAAAGUAGAGUGGAAGAAGAAGGACGGGAAACUUGAGGAAACAAGCGGGCGAAAAGAUAACUACAAUCGCUGGCUCUACUUCGACAGCAUCACGCAGAAGGACGAUGGAGAGUACGAGUGCGAGGCGACCAACAGCAACGGCAGAGUCAAACACUCCUUCACGCUCACUGUAGAAGCUGCCCCCUACUGGGUGAAACAUCCCAAGAAUUUGCUGUAUGCUCCUGGGGAAACGGUGCGACUGGAGUGUGUAGCAGAGGGAGUCCCUACUCCCAUCAUCACAUGGAGCAUCAAUGGAGAGCCUCUUGCAGCUGUGGAUGAUGAGCCACGUCGGAGUGUAAACAUGGGAGUGUUGAAGUUGGCUGACGUCGAAUUUUCGGACACAGCAGUGUAUCAGUGUGAAGCCACUAAUAAACACGGCUCCAUCCUCAUCAACUCCUACCUCCACGUCAUCGAGCUUCCUCCUCAGAUUCUGUCUCCCAGUGACGUCGUGUACGAGGUCGCUGAGGGCAAGAACAUUGAGAUGCUCUGCGAGUCCUUUGGCUCACCCCGACCACAUGUCGUAUGGGAGGCUAAGGACCGUGGUCCGCUGCUGUCAGAUUCCAGAGUUUCCCAGCUGACCAGUGGGACCCUGCAGAUUUCUAAUGUCGUCCAUGACGAUGCAGGCACCUACGAGUGCUUCACACUCAAAGACUCAAAUAUUUCCAUCUCUGUCCAGCUGAAGGUCUUCAAUCGGACUAUAAUCACAACAGAGCCUCAGGACGUUCGAGAGCUACGGGGAACCAGCGCUUUCCUGGACUGCCGCUUCAAGAAAGACCCCAGACUGAAGGAUUACAAAAUCUUAUGGCUGAAAGAUGGAUGGAUGCUGGAGGAGUCAUCUUUAAGUGACAAGUACACUGUUUUCAAUAAUGGCACCCUGAAAGUGACAGACCUUGAAUCUGAUGAUACUGGCAGUUAUACCUGCGAGGUUUCCACCAGCCUGGACAAGGUCAUGGCCAGCGGCUCCAUUACUGUUGUGGCACCACCAGAUCCACCUGAGAAUCUCGCUCUGUCCGAUGUGAAAGACUGGAGUCUCACCCUCAGCUGGAUCCCUGGGAAGUCACACAACAGUCCCAUUACAGAUUUUAUCGUGGAAGCUCGGGAGGAGCAGCACUCAGAGCAGGGCAAGUGGAUGUGGGAGGAGAUUAAGAAAGUAUCGGGACAGUUUAACAACUUGGUGCUGGACCUACACCCGUUCUGCACCUAUCGUUUCCGAGUCAUUGCUGUCAACCAGGUCGGUCGCAGCGAGCCCAGUGAGUCGACUGUAUUUUACACCACCCCACCUGCAGUUCCACGUCAUAAUCCGACUGGCGUACGCAGCGACUCCACAGAACCCGACACGUUGGUGAUCACCUGGGACGAGAUGCAUAAGCGGCAGCAUAAUGGCCAGGACUUCCAGUACAAGGUGUUGUGGAAGGAACGUGGGGGUCAGUGGAAUCACGGCUAUGCCAAAUCUCCACCGUUCCAUGUGAACAACACCGGAACAUACUCAGAAUUUGAGAUCAAAGUCCAGGCGGUCAACUCUCUGGGAGAAGGUCCUCGACCUAAAGCAGUGACCGGCCACUCAGGAGAAGACAACCCAGAGGAACCGCCAACUGACAUCAAUGUAAUGGUCAUGAACAGCACAAUCAGACUGACGUGGAAUGAAGCCCAGAGGGUUCGGGGUCACCUGCUGGGAUACAAGAUUUAUAUUGAGAGGUUGGGUUCGCAAGGACCGAGGGGUCGCAGGUCACUUGGGAAUCGACACCACCAAACAGGGAGAGAACAGGAAGGAAGAUCGGAGCACAGCAAAGAGAAGCAGAGCAGAACAGUGGUGGUCCAUGGAACAAAGACUUCAGAGGAGGUGUCAGGACUGCAGCUCUUCUCUCGAUACGAGGUGUCCAUGAGUGCAUUCAACAGCAAAGGGGAAAGCCCUCAAUCGCGCCCGGUUCACUUCAUUACCCCAGAAGGAGCGCCGGGAGCACCUGCGUCACUCACCUAUGAAAGUCCAUCGGAACAGUCAUUGAUCCUGCACUGGACCCCACCGACUGAAACUAAUGGAGUUCUUCUGGGAUACAUGGUCCAGUACCAGCAAGACGUGAAGGACCAGAAAAGUCAGGUGCAGAUCGAGUUCAUCAGCGACCCCAGUGUGACACACCUUGUUUUGGACUCGCUGGAUUCCAGCAGCUACUACAAUUUCAACGUAUCAGCUUGGACGGCUGCUGGAUAUGGACCCCCGAUCAGAACAAGGGGCGCCACCUUGUUUGAUGGAGUCGCUCCUACAAACAUCACCAUAACGCGUAGUGAUACCUCACUGAACCUGAGCUGGGUGCCUGGAGAGCGCGAGAGGAACCACGAAUUUCAGAUCGAAUAUUGCAGAAAGUCCUCUGGUGGUCCGUGGGAAGUGUCAGAAGUGUUGAACUCCUCGCAGGGUUUUUACACGCUCACCGGCCUCAAACCUGGUUCUGAGUACCAUCUGAGGAUCAUGCAAGGAAAUGACAGCACCUGGCAAGUCCUGACUUUUACUGAUGGGGCAAGGCUGUCCAACAUUUCUGGAGGGUUCGCCACCCAGGGUUGGCUAAUUGGACUCAUCAGUGCCAUUGUGCUGCUCAUCCUCAUUUUACUCAUCCUUUGCCUCAUUAAACGUAGCAAGGGAGGCAAAUAUGCAGUUAAAGACAAGGAGGACAAGGAGGUGGACUCAGAGGCUCGGCCAAUGAAGGAUGAGACCUUUGGAGAGUACAGAUCGCUGGAAAGUGAUGCUGAUGAGAAGCGUUCCGACAGCCAGCCGUCUCUGUGUGGCGACAGCAAACUGGGGAGUGACGACUCACUGGCGGAAUAUGGCGACAGCGUCGACAUCCAGUUCAACGAAGACGGCUCUUUCAUCGGCCAGUACAGCGGCCGAGCCCCAGUCCCACCAGGAAAUGAAAGCUCCGGACCGGCCUCUCCUGUCAACGCGGUCCCUCCUCCUCCCAUAGCUCCAUCCAUGUCAAGCAUCUUGAACCGGCCGAGCUAAACACACACACCCAAAACACACAAUCGCAGAGUUACACGCCUACAACAAAGGGACAGACCACUCCGUUCUCACUGCCUGUAAUGCCCACUGACACACUGUACAUACACCGUCUCAGUACAUUCCACAUGUCUGAUGCUGUUUACGGGAUCUUUUAUACUCCACGUUUACACAACUCAUUCUGGGAGGAAAGUGCGAGGGAGGCAGGCAAUGGCUAAGAUGAGAGGAAAGUGGUCCUUUUCUGAGAACAAAAUAUAUCUAUUGUUGUUUUGUCGCCACACCAUUCCCCACCUCUGUGCGUCUUGCAGGCUGUGUUGUGUGCACGUGUCUUGGAAAGAUUUUGCUAUUUAUUUUUGCGCCGUCAUGGCAGCAUCGCGCAGAUAUUUGAGUUAGGUGUGUAUGCGAUUGUUCACGCUCUCCUCGGGAGAUACGUUGCCUUAAGUGAGUCUAGUUGAGUCUCCUCUCCUCCCUCUUCAUCGUGCAUCCCCUUGUUAAUCACGGAGCAUCAUACAUCAGGAGACACUCCUAUGCAGAGACACAGCGAUCACAAUUCACGGCCGGAUCUCUGUAGCAAAACCACAUGAGAAUGGAGGGAGGGCGAAAUGAGAACCUAAUGUAUAGUUCUCUGAAUGUAAAUAGUACCUUACGAUUGUCAUUUUUAUUAUUUCAUUGCUUUUAUACAACGUUUUUUAUUCACAUGUUUCUCUGAGUUGACACUGCAGCUAUUAUGAGCUGCCCUGCUGUAGCAUUUGUAACAUAAGCCCCCGCCCACAAGCCCCUCCUCGGUAUGUUCAUUAGAUCAUUUAGGAAAGACUAGAAUCAUAGCCACCUCUUUACACAUUUUCUUUUUUCUACUUAGAGAAGCGAUUUUGAGAUAUUUUUACUCUUCAUGGAGGCAGCACUGUUCUAAUGAAUGCAGGCGUGGUAUUCCGAUGUUCCUCCGCAGACCUAAGUAGGCUGGUACACAUCAGCCUGGAGGGCUGGUGGUGGCCUUUGAGUGACACUGCACGGUUACUGCCGUUCAUGGCGGCUUUCUUUUGGCAGGUACGACAUCCAGCGUACAGUCGUGGCCAAGAGUACCCACCCAGAAUUUCAUGCUGUUUCUUCAGGAAGUCAACAUACCUUUGAUCUAGCGCUUUCAUUAAUGGCUAACUGAUCUUAAUAGAUUCUCGAGAUAUAGUCCUAGGCUUCAUUAGCUGAUAAGCCAAGUUCUUGCGGUUCUUCGGCUGACAUCAGUGCCUUUUUGGACACCUCAAACAAUCCUGUUGAAUGUCAAUGGAAAGUUUGGAAUCUGACCUGUAAAUAUGCUCAGAUGCAAUCGUAUUUUUCCAUGGGGAGGUUUUCGUCCAGACUUCUGAAGGUUUUGUCAAAGAGCAUGACUUGUUUGGGUACUUUUCCACCGGCUGGUUUCCGUCAGUGGGAUUGAACCGGCACAGGGCGGCACGUAAGCUCCACUGAAACUUCAGGUGACGUCCAUUCAUGGGUAGGGCCUCUGAAACACCUUGUUUACAGUGACAAUAAUGUUUCUCAAAUUUUCAUUUCCUAAUAGUCCAAUAAAAGCAUUUCACCUCAACACGUUGCCUUGACCACCAUCUAUUCUGUAUUCUCUGACACUGUCUGUUGCAGCUUCUUUGAUAAAUAUAAAUACAUUGGGUAACAUCAUAAAAGCUAUUUUUCAAAAAAAAAGUAUUGUAACAAGUACAUAGCUCAUAAUAACUCCAACAACAGUGCUAUAAUUAUCAGCUACAGUCAACUGUUGUGAUGAAACCCAGUGAGGUCAAAGGCCACGGGAAGGGUGGGAUUGAGGGCUGCAAAUAUGAGAUGUGCUGAUAUUGUACCUGCUUGCUGCAUUGUCGCGCUGUACUGUAUCUGACAACUAACCCCAGACUGUCAACUAAUAAAUAAACAUGGAUUAUCCUGAGCAGACCCAA